UGACACCUGACCAAAGAGGGUUCAGCGUUUCCUUUGAGGACACCUGUCAAGCGUUACAGCCACUCUGGAGUCACUGGUGCAGAAACGCAAGCGGACAGUGAGCAGUGAUAGUGGACAGGCGCAGGAUAACUGCUCUGCAUCUGAGGGAGAAACUGGGAUGUGGGACGGAGCUGCAGAGCUGCCAGAGGAUGUGGAGGGCCGUACCUUCAUGGAGGUUAUCAGUGAGAAGUACAGCCCCGAGAAUUUCCCAUAUCGCCGAGGGACUGGCAUAGGGGUGGUGGUGGUGCCCACAAUUGGUCCCCAAGGCUCUCCUAUGAAAGAACGCCUGAACCUCCCUAGUGUGCUGGUGUUAAAUGGCUGUGGAAUCAGCAGGGCUGGAGAUGAGGCGGAGAUUGCAGCAUUCUGUGCUCAUGUCAUGGAGCUUGACCUAUCCCAUAACAAGCUGCAGGACUGGAAUGAGAUUAGUAAAAUUGUGUCCAAUAUCCCCAACCUGGACUUCCUUAAUCUGAGCUCCAACCCCCUGGCAGGUUCAGGAGUGGAGGCGCGCUGUGCUGAAGCCUUCUCUCGUGUCCGACGCCUUGUCCUCAACAACACACAAGUAUCCUGGGAUACUGUGCUUGUGCUUACAAGGGAAAUGCCAGAGCUGGAGGAGCUGUUCCUGUGCCUUAAUGAAUACACCACAGUGUCAGCCUCCACUGUGCCCUGCCCCACCCUGCGUCUGCUGCACAUAACAGACAACAGCCUCCAGGACUGGGGUGAAGUGCGGAAAUUUGGUACCAUGUUCCCCAGUCUCGACACGCUGGUCAUGGCCAACAACAACUUGGCGUCCAUCCAGGAUGGUGGGGAUAUCUUGCAACGGCUUUUCCCCAACUUACGCAGCAUAAACCUGCACAACUCAGGUCUCAACCAAUGGGGAGACAUUGAGAAGCUGAAUUUCUUCCCAAAGCUGGAAGAGGUGCGACUGCAGGGCAUUCCUUUACUGCAGACCUACACCAACACAGAGCGCCGCAGCCUCAUGAUAGCACAGCUUCCUUCAGUAUCGUCGCUAAAUGGCAGUGUUGUCAGCGAAGGAGAGAGAGAAGAUGCAGAACGGUUCUUCAUUCGAUAUUAUUUAGACUACCCAGAGGAGGAGUUGCCCUACAGAUACCACUGCCUGGUGACCAAGUAUGGGAAGCUGGAACCACUUGCGGAGAUUGACCUCCGACCCCGCUGCCGUGCUCAGGUGGAGGUGCACUGUGAGGACAAGGUGGAGCAGGUGAACAUCCGCUUGGACCAGACCGUAGCAGAGCUGAAGAAACAGCUGAGAACAGUGGUCCAGCUUCCUACCAACAACAUGAGGCUCUAUUACAUUGACAAGGAUGUGGGCAGCCACUUUGGACCAGAAGAGAUGAAGUACAGCAACCGAGCGCUCCAUUCUUACAGCAUUCGAGACGGCGAUGAGAUACUGGUGGUUCCCAAGACCAAGUGAAGCAACUGGCUCCCAGCGGGCGGAUUUAAUGAUUGAUUGAUUAACUGGAUUAUUUAUUGACUGGUGAACUGACUGUGGAAACAAUUUGAAAAAUGCAUAUAGAGAAUAUUACAAGAAAAUGUAAGGUUCUAUGGAGACAGGGAGAUUGGUUGGUGGACUGCUGACGGGUUCUGGCUGCUUAUGAAGCCCCCUUUCAAUAGGAGUUUUGUUUUUAUUUAUGCACAGUCGAGCUUUUUUUGAGGGCAUCUGUUGAAAUCAAUGGAAAAAUCUUUAGCAACAAACACCCAGGCAAUGAAAGCAACACCCUGUCAGCUAAAAGCUGAAGCAGAGAAGCAGAAGGCUACUCUACCAGCAAGGAUGCAUUGAAGCUGUAUCCUGUUGUACAAGGCAUAAAC